CAUUCUGUUGAAGAAUAUUUAUAGUUGAAAUAUGAAUAUAGGAUCUCCUAACCCUAUUAAUUCAUUAAAAAUGCUAAGCUUUAAGCUACCUUUAUAUACAUUCUAGCCUUACACCUUCCCAUCUCUCUCUCUCUUCCAUAUGCCUAUAUAUCAGAAUACAUACACGAAAAAAGUAACAUUUGCACUCACCAAAAAAAAAAAGGAGAGACACAUUUGCUUGCUUUUCUUGUGCUCCUUCAUUUCUCCAAGUUUUAUUCCUUUCAUUAUAAUAAUUGCAGCUCUCCAUGGGUAGCUUAAGCUUAAUUCUUGGGAUUAUUGGAAAUGUGAUUUCUAUACUUAUGUUUGCGUCUCCAAUAAAAACAUUCAAGCAGGUAGUGAAAAAGAAAUCAACAGAGAAUUACAAUGGACUCCCUUACAUAACCACAUUAUUGAGUACAAGUUUAUGGACAUUUUACGGACUCCUUAAGACCGGAGGUUUGCUCAUCGUCACCGUCAAUGGCGCUGGAGCUGCUUUGCACGUCGUCUACGUCGUCAUCUUCCUCAUCUAUGCCCCCGGAAACAUCAAGAUGAGAUCGGUGAAGUUGGUAGCAGCAUUGAAUGUUGCGUUUCUUGGGGUUGUGAUAAUGGCAACCCUAUUAGCUUUGAAAGGAGAUAUUCGGAUCACAUUUGUUGGACUAUUAUGUGCUGGAUUAACCAUUGGCAUGUAUGCUGCACCUCUCUCCGCCGUGAGAACAGUGAUUAAGAUGAAAAGCGUAAAGUAUAUGCCAUUCCUCCUUUCCUUUUUCCAAUUUCUCAACGGAGGCGUGUGGUCGGCCUACGCCGUACUCGUUGAAGACUACUAUAUUGGAGUGCCCAAUGGAAUUGGAUUCGUAUUGGGCUCGGUCCAAUUGAUGUUAUACAUGAUGUACAAAAAUAAGGCGGGGUCGGAUGAUGAGACUGAGAGGAAGGAGAAGGAAGGCUCGGCCCACCUCGUGAAAAAUAGGAGCAGCCUAUACAAAGGCAAUAGCCUUCCCAUUCCCAACCCAUCAACCAUUCGUGAAUAUGGCCAAAAUCUUAUGAAAACGCGUUCUUUUGAAUUGGAGAAAUUCACUCAGAGAGACGUCGAGACAGGUUUUGACGAGGCUCCAUGAAUUAUUCGGCUUUCAUUCGACUCGACUCGACUCGAAUUCAAAGCUCAAUUGUAUUUUAUCUUCCACUUCUUUUCUUUUUUAUAAUUAAUACAGAAGCAUAUUACUAGUAAUGGCAUUGAUCCUUUCUUUAUUCA